AUGAAUACCGACGCUUAUUUUGUUGACUCAAUUCACACUGAUGGAACUAUUACAGAUAAAGGAUAUGGAUUACGACCGCCUUUUGCAGAUAUUGAUUAUUAUCCAAAUGGAGGUCCGUCUCAGUCAAAAUGUGUACCUGGAGCAAAAUAUAGAACUGAGAAUGGAGAAAUUGAUACGGUGACAUCUGGGAUGGAAAAGAAUUAUUGUAGCCACGAUGCGUGCUUUGACUACUACAUUGCCAGUUUCAACAAAACCUGCAAAUUCUUAGGACGCAUCUGUGAUAGUUAUGAAGACUUUAUCGCAGGGAAAUGCUCCAGCGCACCUGUCUGUAGAAUGGGUUUCUAUUCCAAGAAAAUACCAAAUCUUCCUGCUCAUUCCAAAUGCUACUUGAAAACUUCAGCCAAGUUUCCUUACUGCCUUGAUUAA